UCCAGUGAAGCCAGGUUGGAGAUUCUUUUCACUCGCAAUCCUGACAUUUAAAGUGCAGACUGAAGUGUUUCACUUUGUAUAGAAAGGUUUGACAACCACUGUUUGUUUGUUUAACUACAUUCAGGGUGGCCCUGCUACUAUCCCACCCACAUUCGUAAGCAGAUUACACCUUUUGUUUUUACAUUCACAUUUAAUUCGCCUUUGUAUCUUUUCUGACAUUUGACAAAUCCCAGCAUUUACAGACAGAUUUCAAAUGUCUUGUUAUUAAUUCAUCCCGCUGUGAAUACUUUGGUCCAGAGUGCUGGACAGACUGGUUUGACAGAGACGACCCCUCUGGAACUGGAGACUGGGAAACCCUCUAUAACCUUCACAAAGAGAACCCAGGGAAGAUCUGCUCUAAACCACAGGAUAUUGAGGCCCAAACUCUGUCUGGACUCAGUGUGGCGGCAGCAGGGGAUGUGAUUUAUAAGAGUGACACAACUUCAGGGUUCAUCUGCAGAAACCAGGACCAAUCCAAAAAGAUGUGCAAUGAUUAUCGUGUUCGUUUCAGCUGCCACCCCCCUUUCUGUGGUGGAGGAGUGUGCUGGACCAAGUGGUAUGACCGGGAUGAUCCCAGUGGAACAGGGGACUGGGAACUUUUGAGUAACCUGAAGAAAGAAAACCCAGGACAGAUCUGUGAGCACCCACUCUACAUUGAGGCUGUUACUACUGACACAAUGACCCCAGCCAUCUCUACAGGGGAGAUCCUCCAUAUCUACAAUCCAACUCAGGGAUUUGUUUGCCGCAAAACGGACCAGAAAUCUGGCACGUGCCGUGACUACAAAGUUCGCUUCGGAUGCCCAUGCAAGUAAUUAAGCCCUGCCUCCACAGCCAACACAAGAAGCUUAAGAAGAGGCAACGUUCAAAUUUUUAUCACUUAAAUUUUGGUCUGUUUUUUCUUUCCUAUUACAUGUUAUUUCUCACUGUGCCUGAUGACAGAAGCACUGUACACCACUUUUUCACAGCAGACAUUUUGACUUCUAAGAAAAGCAAAGGUGUUUCUGGUAACAAUAACAAUGGCUCUGUUCUAUUCAAGUGUCCCAGUGAGCCAUGACAGUGUGACUCAGCCAGCACGUGUAA